AGCAUAUAAUUACGACCCUCUCUUUCGCACUUCGUUGUUCCUCAACUGCGCUUUUUUUUUGGUGUGUUGUUCUCUUCUCGUCUACUUCCUUAUAAAAGAGCCGGCUUUCAGGGAGCCCAUUCAGCGGAGCAUCCUUUCUUUUCUUCUAUUGUUUCAGACUCUCUUCUUUUUUGGUUCUAUCGCAAGUGCUUCUUCGCCUUUUUUUUUGCUGUUGACCCUCAGACUUUUCUGUGCUUAAAGAGCGUAGUGUUACGCUCUUUUUCUCGCGAUAAGCUGCUCUGCCCACCGGUCUACCUCAGCGGUGUAUCGAUACAAAAAUAUAUAUAUAUAUAUAUUCAGGUCCGUCGUGCUUUCGUCCGUAAGCGCCGAUAGCAUCGAGACUUCUUCCUCUGCUAGAAAUCCGCCGUUGUGUUUCUUUUAACGUAGGUUCUCUGACUCUUUUGUUUUCUUCGUUUUCUCCUCUUCUCUUUUUUCCUCCUCACAAAAUGGGCGGCGAAAUCAGCCGACUCAGGGCUCUACCACUUUCGAAAGGAAGCGGUAGCGAAGGACUCGCGGCUCUUGAAGCCCUCUACCGGCAGGACCUCGAUUUUCUAAAUCUGCCCGUCAAGCAGUGGACCACCGCGCGGACCACCGCCGACGGGCAGCCCCUCGUGGACGUCUUGAUCGUGGGCGGCGGCAUGGCUGGAGUGACGCUCGCCAUCGCCCUGAAGCACCUCGGCGUGGCGGUGCGUCUGCUCGAUGAGGCACCCGCCGGCUACGAAGGCCCGUGGGACACUACCGCGCGCAUGGAGACGCUGCGGUCCUCCAAGCAGCUGGUGGGGCCGGCGCUGGGCUUUGCAAAUUUAACUUUCCGGGCGUACUUCGUUGCGCAGUUCGGCACCGCCGCGUGGGACGCGCUGGACAAGAUCCCACGCGUGCAGUGGAUGGGACUACCUUCGCUGGCUGAGGCAGGUGAACGAGUUGGAUGUGCUGAACGACAGCAAAGUCACCCUCGUGCAGCCUGGCGCAGACGGCGUGGCGACGGUGGAGGUGCAGCGGAACGCCGCGGCGAUGGACGGGGACGCGGCAGCAAUGCCACAGUGUGAAAAACUGUACUCGCGUCAUGUGGUGCUGGUGACGGGCCGCGGAGGCCUCGGCGGGCAGAAGCUGCCGGAGUGGGCCCAGCGGAUUCCCGCUGAAAAGCGCGUGCACAGCUCCGAUGUAUGGAGCGGUGACGCACUCGCCGGCAAGCACGUCCUCGUGAUCGGCGGCAGCUCCUCGGCGAUGGACUGCGCCGGCACGGCUCUCGAGCACGGUGCGACGGAGGUGCAUCUCCUCAUCCGCCGGCCCGACCUGCCCCGCGUGAACAAGAGUAAGGCGGCGGUGGGUCCCGGGAUCACACACGGUUAUCUGACCUUCAAGGAUGCGUGGAAGUGGCAGUACCGGCAUUACAUGAACCUGCACAUCCCUCCGCCGCACGGCAGCGUCUUGCGCGUGUCGCGUCACGCCAACGCGUUUUUCCACUUCGGCGCCGCAGUGGAGAAGGUGUCAGUGCGCGACGACGGCAGGGUGCGCGUGGAGACUACAAAGGGGCUCAUGGCGACGGACUUCGUUAUUUUCGCCACGGGCUACGCGGUGGAUUGGCAGCAGCGGCCUGAGUUCGCGCCCUUCGCCUCGCACGUGCUGCAGUGGAAGGACGUGUACAGCCCACCAGAAGGUCUCCCCAGCAAGGACAUGAGCCAGUUUCCGUACCUGGGGCCGAGUUUCGAGUUUCGUGAGAAGGUAGAGGGUGGAUGCCCAGGGCUGCAUCACAUCCACUGCUUCUGCUACCCCGCGACAGUGUCGUUUGGGGCGGUGUCGGGCGACAUUCCGCAGAUCACGGAUGGUGCCCGCAUGCUGGCACAGCGCCUUACAGGGGAUCUCUACAGAGAGGACGUCGCGGCUCACAUGAAGGAGGUGGAGGCUUUUGAGGACGCGGAGCUGGACGGCACGGAGUGGGCCCCAUCGGAGUGGCCUGAGUACAAGGAGUAG